CCCUCUCACAGCGGCGGCCGCGGCCUGUGGCAAAGCCUGCUGGGAAAAUGGUGGGAUUUCGGGAAGAAAGGGAGGAAGGGGUGACCCGGAGGGACUGGAAGAGAUGCGGCGGGCUCAGGAGAGCCCGAGAGCCUCUCGAAUAACUGUGCUUAAAGAAGAACACUCUCAACAUGGAAAAACCAUGCAAAGAAAAUGAAGAAGAGCCACAGAGCGCGCCGAAGACCACUGAGGAACCGCCUCCGGUAGAGCACCCUCCCGAAAAGCACUCUCCCAAGGAAGACGAGGAGGAGGAGGAGGAGCUGUCUUCGGAAGAGCAGUCCUCGGAGGAGGAGGAGUUCUUUCCUGAGGAACUCCUUCCCGAGCUCCUUCCUGAGAUGCUCCUUUCGGAGGAGCGCCCCCAGGAGCGACUUUCCAGGAAGUACCUUUUUGAGGAGCGUCCUCCCAUGGAGCAGCCUCCUUGUGGAGUAGGAAAACAUAAACUAGAAGAAGGAAGUUUUAAGGAGAGGCUGGCUCGUUCUCGCCCGCAAUUUAGAGGGGAGAUACAUGGCAAGAAUUUAAGCAAUGAGGAGAUGAUAAAGGUAGCAGAGGAGAUGGAAGAGAUGAAAAGAGUAAGAAACAAACUGCUGAUAAUGCACUGGAAGGCAAAACGGAACCGUCCUUAUCCUAUUUAAUGGGUUCUGCCAUGAGUUCUGUUUUGCCUGGUGGUAAUACUGCCGCCUGAACUUUGCAUUUCCUUGUAUACCUUUGCCAUCUUCUUAACUUUUUGUGUGGCUUUAUUUUAGGUGUUUCUCUUGUGACUGGCAUAAAAUUGUUUUUUUUUCCUUAUAAUCUGCCAGUCUCCCUCAGUCAUGAAUUUCACCCAUUGGCAUGAAGUUGUACAUUGUGUAUUGUGAAGUGAAAAAAAGCAACUUUCAAAAAGUAUAUAUAGUAUCCCAUUUAAAAAAUGUAUAUUUAUAUAGUAAUAUGCAAAGAAAACUGAAAGUAUAUACAUCAAAAGCUUAACAGUGGCUGUCUGUGAUAAAAUAAUAGGUGAUUUUUUUUUAAUUUUUGCUUUAUCUGAAUUUCUUAUUUUUAAAACUUUAUUUAUUUUGUUUCUCGUUUUUUCAAGAUGAACACAUCUUGUGUUGCAAAAAAAAUUUUAAUAUAAUGAAAAAAAUGUGAAGCAAUUUUUAAAAACCUGUCAGCUUAUGAAGACAAUAUGGCACUUAAUAAAUAUUUGUCAAAACAUAACAAAAGAAAAGUAAAUCCCAUGUUUCUUCUGAAUCUCAGGUAAAAAUAUAAACCAGGUACCUGUUACAUUUGUUUAAGGGUCAGUCUUUUCCCAGUUACAUAGGAAUAAAACUUGCCCUGCAGGGCUUCUGUGGAACCAAAUGAGAUAAAGAUUGUGUGAGGUAUGUCUCUUUUCCCCACCUGCACAUUCAGGACCCCAGCUGCUAUAGAUCCCUUCAGACAUAGGGGAUAGUGCCCAAGGGAAGUCUCACUUGUGCUCACGAACAAUUCCUGUGAGAUUCCAGGUGAGUGCCACAUUCUGUUCCUUUGGUGUUACGUUCUUCCUUUGAAUGCUAUGGUGUCUGCUAGGCAUAGCAGCCCCUUCUGUUGAGUCUUGCUCCUUCCACUGGCCCCGUCAGUGUGCUGGAGUCCUCAAGGUGCAACGUCUCGCUGUUUGUACUGGAGUCCCUUGUGAUUGAACCGUGUAUCCUACAGAAACAUGGAGAAUGCGCCUCUUGCAGCUUUAAUAUGACACUUACUCAGGUGGAUACCAUUCCAGUGCUGUUUGGACAUCAGUGUCUUAAAGAAGUCUUAUUAGCAAAAUUGUCGUUUCCAAUUUUUUUUCCUUCUUUUUCUCUAUUGGACUCAAACAUGAGUCCACUGGAGCCUGGGCUAGGAGACAAAUUUGUGUACCAGACACAAUGCAGUGUACUGAGACUUAGAACCUCCCUCCCCAGAAAUCUCCAAAGAUACCUGGUUUUAAUUGCCUAACUUGCCUUAGGGUGAAUUCUCUCCAAGGGGCUUCUAACAGGCAUGCCUUAUGAAUUCUGCUGGCAUGUUCAAUGUGUAUAAAGAGGAGAAUAAAGCUUAGGCUCAACCUAGGACAUUCCACUUCUACCCCACCCCAUAUCAACCGGUAACAUGCCAACAUGCCAAGGUUCUUUGUAAGACAUUAAAGUAUUAUAUAUGUACCAGAAAUUAUUUCCCCAUUAAACUACUUUUGCAAAACCUAAGACUCUUUUAUUGAUCCUGCUAAUUCUAGAAACACAGAUGUGUGUUAAUGUUUUUUUCAAAUUAUGAUGCAGUCAGAAACCUUGAUUGCUUGAAUCAUUUCUGUCCUUGAUUGACUGUAAGCUUCAGUAAGUGUUUUCGAUUCUCUAGAACGUAUAAUUUGCAAUUCCAAAAGGAACACAGUGGGGGAGGAAUUGUUUCCCCAUGUUCAACAUUAAAAUUAACAUUUUAUAUUAUACGAGUGUUUCUCUAGUAAAAACUGCAGAAUUCUGAACUUGACCUUAAAAACUGCAGAAUCCUGGGCUAUACCCCAGACCUACUAAAUCUGCUUUUCUGUAAAUUA